AUGUUUGGAGCGAUCUUCGGAUACGGCAUCAUCAAGCUCGCUUCGAAGACUACCAUUCCUAUUAUCGGCGGUUCUUUCGGCCCUCAAGAGAACAGUAUCGUCCAGGCUGCAGCCCAGGGCGCUGGUGGAAUCACAGGUAUCUUCGUUGCGGGUAUACCGGCCAUGUACCAACUUCACGCGCAGGUGGGCGUCCCUAAAGACCAAUUUGGCGCAAUUAUUACAAUCACUCUCGUCUGCUCGUUCUUUGGUCUAUUCUUCGUCGCUCCUCUCCGGAAGUUCUUUAUCAUCCAAGUUAGCCGGGAAUUGAAACUACUCUUUCCCACUGCUACUGCCGUAGCUCUUACUAUUAGGUCGAUGCACGCCGGUGCCACAGGUGCCGCGGAGGCUCUAAGCAAACUCAAAGCUCUCAGCUUAUCCUUCACAGCUGCCCUUGUCCAACGGGUGGCAUCGUAUUAUGCUGUUGGUAUCUUGUAUGAUUGGCAUGUUUUUACCUGGAUCCACAUCUGGAGUGGUUAUACCAGCUGGGCCAUGAAUAUCGAGAGUUGGGGUUGGUGGUUCGAGUGGACUCCGGCGUUCAUCGGUAGCGGCAUCCUUAUCGGCAUGAACUCUGCCCUCUCCAUGUUUGGCGGUGCUGUACUCGCCUGGGCAAUUAUCGGGCCUCUCCUCGUCCAUUACGGCGAAUGUAUCGGCAAGCUUCAGGUUGAGGAUGAUCCGCGAUGGGCUGAUUGGUACUCGUUCGCCUCUCUCAGCAACCUUGGACACGAAACCCCGUCUCCGCGCUACUGGCUCCUUUGGCCCGGAGUGCUCAUCAUGGUCGCAACGUCAAUAGCAGAACUACUCGUCCAAUAUAAGGUGAUCGGGUAUGCCGGUAAGGUGGUCUGGCAGAAGAUCUGCGUCAACAUCAACAACGUCUUAACCAAGCAUGGCAAGUACUCUACCUACCUUGCCACACGCGCCGAGAGGGAGGUGAAAGCUAGCGAGAAUAUCAUCGAGGAUCCGGCGCCACCACAUGAACAAGUGCCACUAUGGGCAUGGACGACCGGCCUUGUUGUCACCGUUGCCGCGGCCAUGGUUAUCUUCGCCCUGCAAUGGGGUAUGCAUCCAGGUCUUACCGUCCUAGCUUGCGUCUUAGGUAUCAUGUUCUCCUUCGCUGACCUAAGAUGCUUUAAGCUUGCUGUUCAAAUUGGCGCCGUAACAGAUAACACUCCACUGACGGCCGCAUCGAAAGCCAGCCAGCUCGUUUUUGGUGCUGCUACAAAAAACAACGGCUUCACGAUCAAAGAUGCGCAGCGAGUCAACUUAGUCGCUGGCGGUCUGGCUUCCGGAGCUGCCGACGUCGCAUCUUCGCUGACUUCUGACUUCCGUACUGGUUUCUUGUUAGGAACAUCCCCAGUCAAGCAGUGGUAUGCCCAAGGCCUCGGGUCUAUCGUUUCCAUCUUCUUGGCCCCAGGGAUGUUUGUGCUCUUCACUACAGCAUAUCCCUGCAUACUUGACGCCUCAGCUGAGCACUGCGCCUUCGCUGUCCCUUCGGUGUCCGCAUGGGCUGCCGUGGCGCAGGCUGUCACAGACCCAGAUGUCAGCAUCCCUCUAUCGUCGGGGAUCUUCUCCAUCGUUAUGGCGGUCUUCUGCGUAGGCCAAGUCAUAUUUAGACACUUUUACCUGGUGGGUGAACGUGAAAAGUACCGGCAAUACCUCCCGAACUGGGGCGCCGUAGCGUUGUCGUUUGUCCUCCCUAAUCCCGUGUUUACAACGGCGGCCAUGUUUGGUGCUACCGUGGCAUGGAUUUGGAAGAGAUGGAAUAUUAAGAGCUUCGACCUCUACGGAUAUGCAAUUGCGGCUGGUUUUAUUGCCGGAGAGGGUCUCGGAGGUGUUAUAGGUGCUGCUCUCCAGAUCGGUGGCGUCUCAGGCGACAUUCUCGGAACGACGGCCGGUUGCCCUGCUGGUUAUUGUUGA